CCCCGGAGCCCCCGGCGGCCGCGGCCGACGCCGUGCAGCCCCGCGCGGCACGAGCAGCUGCCAAGGGGCAAGGGAUGAACUGGGGCCCUCCUUCCCAAUGGCAUCUCCCCCUGGGCUCGAACUGAAGACACUGAGCAACGGGCCGCACACCCCAAGGAGACCAGCUCCUCUGGGCCUUGUGGCCCCAUCCAGGGAGGGUGUGGAGAAUGCCUGCUUCUCCUCAGAGGAGUAUGAGACCCAUUUCCAGAACCCUGGGGACAUCAGACUGGGCAGCUCCCCCAGCCCCCCUGGGGGUGUCCCCCAAAGGUCCCGAUCCCAGCGGGACGAUCUGUCCCUGCACUCAGAAGAGGGGCCAGGCCUGGAGCCCGUGAGCCGCCCGGUGGAUUAUGGCUUUGUUUCUGCCCUGGUUUUCCUGGUGAGUGGGAUCCUCCUGGUGGUGACAGCCUACGCCAUUCCCCGGGAGGCCCGCAUCAACCCCGACUCAGUGACAGCGCGGGAGAUGGAACGACUAGAGAUGUACUACGCCCGCCUGGGAUCCCACCUGGACAAGUGCAUCAUCGCAGGCCUGGGGCUGCUCACAGUGGGCGGCAUGCUCUUGUCGGUGCUGUUGAUGAUCUCCCUGUGCAAGGGCGAGCUCUACCGCCGGCCCACCUUCGUCCCCGGCAGGGGCUCCAGGAAGACCUAUGGCUCCAUUAACCUGCGCAUGAGACAGCUCAAUGGGGACGGGGGCCAGGGCCUGGUGGAGAAUGAAGUUGUCCAGGUCUCAGAGACUGGCCAUACCCUGCAGGUGUCUUAAGUAAGAGCCCGCCUGAUCUGGCUGCUUCAGCUCCAGGGCCGCAAGCCUCCCCCAGGGCCCUGGGUUAUAGACUGAGCUCCACAGAGGGCCCUGGGGAAAGAGUCUUGGGUGCUGGAAGGGGC